AUGGGCUUGCUUGAAGAUUCACCCGUCGAGCCCGAGACACCUCCUCCAAGUUGGUCACCCGCCAGACACGACUUUUGGAAGAAGCCUUCAAGAUGGCAGAUUUGCAUGCCCCGGUUACGCAUGGUGCUGAAAGUAGUCGCCACGUUCAUCGGCUUCAUUGUUCUCAUCAAGAUAAUGAGUGCAACACCUCCACCCCCGCCACCCGAUCCCGCUCCAGAGAUCCCUGAAGUCCCCGAAGUACUGGAUACCGUCGAAAUCAUAGAACUCCCAGAAGUCGCGGAGCCUCCGCCACCUCCCCCGACCGAGGACGAGUUGAUGGAAAUAACAAUGGAGAAUGCAAAGAAAGAGCAAUGGAUCUGGAAAGACUUCACAACGCAUGACGGUUUGACGCGCGGAACGUCACACCUGCGCGCUUGUGAGACUGGUGAAAUCGAUUGCAAGAAGACGAAUCCACUCCUCGUUCGCUAUGAUGGCUACCGGGCUUUUCAGGAGCCUGUGGAACAUAUCGUCUCCUGCGUUGGUCCGCGUGGUGUGCCGUUGAACGAGAGCUAUGAGGACGCCAUUUGGGCGUAUCCAGGGCAAGCAAACGGUGCUGUUGAACCCACCCUUGGCUCGUACGAGGCAUCCGGCCUGGACGGGGGUGUCUCUUUUGAUCGUGUUGGUCGCUUUCAGGCUUAUGGCCUCGAUCAGUGGGAUGCCUCUGACGUCGAAGAGAUGAAGAAGAUGAGCGACGUUGACUGGGACAUGGUCGACUGGGGUGAAUUGCAGGACGAUUGUACCGUCGCUAACAAGCAUCGUUUUCGACCCAUCAAAGAGCGGCCUGCGAACUCGAUUCAGUAUUCGAAUCUUCGGCACAAACACGACAAAUCCUCAUCUAAACCACUCUCCUCAACUCUAGAACAGGGCAUGGUCAACAAGGCAAAACGCACAGCGAUCCUGAUUCGUGUUUGGACUGGUGCGAAGUGGACCGCCGACGCUGUUAUGAACAUUCGUGCAAUGGUCGCAGAGGCAUCCUUGGCUAGCGGAGGAAAGUAUCAGGUAUUUCUUCUUCUUCACGUCAAGGACGAAAGUGUCCCAGUCUUCGUGGGCGAGGAUGAGCCGCGAGCAACGAUCGAGAAGCACAUCCCGCCUGAGUUCCGGUCGAUGACAGAGGUCUGGAACCACGCCCAGAUCCGGAGCUUGUAUUCCAACUUGGCUGAACAUGCUUUUGUUGGCCGGUCGCCCUGGAUGAUCAUCCAAUGGUUCGCUCGCAACCACCCCGAGUUCGAUUUCUUUUACCAAUGGGAGUUCGACGUGCGAUAUACCGGCCACUACUUGGACUUCUUUGAAGCCGUGGAAAAUUUCGGACGCAAUCAACCACGAAAGGGCAUCUGGGAACGAGCUGGCAGGGUCUAUAUCCCCUCCGUCCAUGGCGACUUUGACACCGAUUUCCGCAACUCGACGAGGGAGGAAGACCCUCACCAUGUGUGGGGUCCAGUAUCCGUCGAGGGCGUUAAACCCCGUGGGCCUAAGCCGCCCAAGGAGGAAGAAGAUAAUUUUGAAUGGGGAGUCGGUGAAGAUGCUGACUGGAUCGGGUUUCUCCCAAGCUUCAAUGUGACUGGUACCGGCUGGUGGUUCCGCAACUAUCUCUGGGGUUAUGCUCAGGGCACGUCCACCCCGCGAAGGGCUACCCUCAUUGCGCAAGGCAGAGUCAGUCGGCGCGUCCUCGAGAUCAUGAAUUAUGAAAACGCAGAGAACGGCCACCACAUUGACGCAGAGAUGUUUCCUCAGACCAUGUGUCUCCAUCAUGGGCUGAAAUCCACCACGUUUCCGCACCCCAUCUUUGCCGAUCGAUUUUGGACUCCUCAAGCGUUGCAAUCAACCUUCAACGGCGGACCUUUCGGCCAGGCUGGAGGCUAUUGGAAUAGCACAUUCAGCAAGUGGAAUGAAUAUGCGUGGACCAAUAUGACCUGGUAUUACAGCUCCGCUCAAGCAAUGCCAAUCUUCCAACGCCUUCUCGGUAUUACGGCGCUCGAAAGUGGUGGUCAGGAAUGGGAGGAUGUGUACGGCCGAACUGUCGUUCGUCCGAUGCUGCUUCAUCCCGUCAAGGGCGCGAAAACCUGGCAAUGGACUGAUGACGGAUGGCAGCAGACUAAUGCUCGAACCUGA